GGGAGAGACCCAACGUCGAUAUUAGUGAUGUAACAGGAAGCCACUGUGGUGGAUCUCUUUCAAGCUACAUCGGCUCCAGACCAGCACGCUGCUACAGUUUUGGAUAGUUCACUUCUACACGUCGCCUCUGCAUCAAGGUCUUACUGUGAAUAAGGCAAGUGCUUACAUAACAGCCUAAGAUGGAUUGCUGUUGGAUGAUCCUGCUUCCUUUACUGGCCUUGGCCCCUAAGGUGUUUGUUGUGGCCCACCAAGAGGAGAAUAAGACUGGCAUUGGCAAUAUCAGAAAUAAGAUUGUCACUGCCCAGUUUGAGUGCUAUCAGAAGAUCACUAAGGACACGCUUCACAGGCGAGUGUUGGGAGACUCUAUGUGUAAUAGCACUUGGGAUGGAUGGCUCUGCUGGGAUGACGUGGAUGCUGGAGUAACCUCAGAGCAACACUGCCCCGACUACUACGAUAACUUUGACCCCCUAGAGGUGGCAACUAAAAUCUGUACAGAGGAAGGGGAGUGGUUCCAGCACCCUUUUAGUAACAGAACGUGGACAAACUAUACUCGUUGUCAUCUCCACACCCACGACACAAGGAAGACAACACUAAAUCAGUACUACUUGGUCCUCAUUGGCAAUGGUCUGUCACUGAUAUCCUUGUUUAUAUCACUGGGAAUAUUUUUUCAUUUCAAGAGCUUAAGUUGCCAAAGAAUAACACUCCAUAAAAACCUCUUCCUGUCCUUCAUACUAAACUCAGUGAGCACCAUCAUUCUGUUCACAGCAGUGGCCAAUAAUGAGGAUUUAGUCCACCAGAACCCCGUGAGCUGCAAGGUGUCCCAGUUUCUGCAUCUCUACCUGUUGGGCUGCAACUAUUUCUGGAUGCUGUGUGAAGGCAUCUACCUGCACACGCUGAUCGUGGUGGCGGUGUUUGCCGAAAAACAGCACCUCAUGUGGUACUACCUGCUGGGAUGGGGGUUUCCUCUCAUACCGACACUCAUUCAUGCCAUAGCACGGAGCUACUACUACAAUGACAAUUGUUGGCUGAGCUCAAGCACAACUCUGCUUUACAUUAUUCAUGGUCCAAUUGGCGCAGCUCUUUUGGUGAACCUAUUCUUCCUGCUCAACAUCAUCCGGGUUCUGAUCACCAAGCUCAAGGUGACCCACCAGGCUGAGUCCAGUCUGUACAUGAAGGCAGUGCGGGCCACUCUCAUCCUGGUGCCGCUCCUGGGGAUCCAGUACGUGCUGGUUCCCUACAAGCCAGUGGGCCGAGCCUCCUCAGAGAUCCACGCGUACGUCAUGAACAUUCUCAUGCACUUUCAGGGGCUUUUGGUGGCCACGAUAUUCUGCUUUUUCAAUGGAGAGGUCCAGAGUGUUCUGCGGAGGAACUGGAACCAGUACCGCAUCCAGUUCCGCAGCACGCUGGCCCACCCGGAGGCGCUGCGCUCGGCCUCCUACACCGUGUCCUCCAUGACCUCCUCCAUGACGGAGGUGCACCGCUGCUACAGCAUCGACGGGCACACGGAGCACCUCAACGGCAGGGGAUACACCGACAUCGACAACACCACCAUCUUCAGGAACGACAACCUCUACGCCUGACAACCCCCCACCUGAGGCUCCUGAGGUCACACCUGGGCACUUCUGGAAGAGUGAAGACUGGAGAGAGGACCUUAGUGAAGACUUUAGUGACGGGCUCUUACCAGCAUACGGUCACUGCCACGGAUGCUGCACUUAUACUGUGACCGAUUUUCACUUUGAUGGAGGAGAAAGACUACAUUUGACUCCAUGUUUUUUAUGAAAGUUCUAAACGUUUGUUUUGUGGCCAACACCAGGGAUCGCACUUACAUUUACGGAAUGUUUUUGUCAUGAGGGCCUCUUAGCGAUGACUGCGGUUUCUUGUCGAAAUCGCGUGCAUUUUCAAGUUACUCGUGCCACAGAAUCUUGGUGUCUUUUUUAUAGAAUGCCAGUUAGUGUUAUUUCAGCACUGGAUGAGUGCUCAGCACCAAGACAUGUGGAGGAUCCACCAAUAGAGAAUAUAUUCUACUGAAAUAAUGCUCCAAAUAGGCUAGCAGAUAUCACAGUACUGAUGAGAGACAUUGCCUUCCGUUCAACGGACCUCCUCAACAUCAAUACGAUCUGAACGUUAAAUUGAAGUUAUUCAUGUCCAAGUACCAGCACUAAAUUGAAGAAAAAGAGAAAAGCUUGUUGAUCCCCACGUAAUGGAACUACGAUGUAACAAAACGAAGAAAUCAACAAUGGACUGUAUUAACCAGAAAUACUGUACAUGAGUGGAUGCUUCAGCAACCUCUUAACGGCCCCAAAGUCUGAUGCAUAUACCUGUACCUUGGAAACUGGAACUGUAAAACUACUGGGACAUAUGUAUCAACGUUGCCACUAUGGGAUCUUGGGAAUAUUCUGGAUUGCCAGGGAAUUGGCUGUACUUGAGAAGGAUUAAGAUGGACUUUUGGACUUUCUUUUGGACUCAUAACAGGUUUUUUUUUUUUAACAAAGUUUCUUUUUUAAAGGCAAAAUGCUACAAAGGGAAGUUGUGAGUCAAGCAUAAUUUGAAGCCUUUGGACACACAUGCUGGCUGGUACAUGCCAAGAACCGGCUAGUCAGCAAGUCCAUUUAAAUCGGAAGAAAACACCAGGAACUUAUACCUGACAAGCCAAUCGUUUUUUUUGUGUUGUGAAAUUCAAACACAGAGGAAUUGAAGAGCCUUUUUUUAACAUAGGAUAUUAAGAGGAACGUCUGGUAGUUUGGCCCCUCCUAGCAGCACUUUUGCAAAGAUGGAGAAGUGACCUUCUGUUGGCCAUGGAAGGUAAAAGUUGAUCAAAACAUCCUAAAGCAUCAGAUGCAAAGCCAGCAGGACUUUUAUAUACUCCCCCUUUCCACUUCCUCAUAGCCCUUUUCCAGCCAAGUAAUGUCAUUUAAUGAAGCUCUCUUAAAUAGAAGCUGCACACCGCAUAGCAUUUCCUAUUUUUAUUCAGUUAAAGAAGUGAAAUGUGGCCUCCAACUUCACGACUCAUAUCAGUUGGACUAGUAGUAUAGUAUGUAUGUUUCUCCUCAGAUAUGUUUUACUUCAUGGUUUCAUUGAAUUGUAUCUUUAUGUCAGGCACAUAAACUUACAUCACCUUGGUUACACAUUGUCAGUUUUUAAACUGUCACAGUUGCCUCAUUUUGAAAUGCUGGAAAAUGGAAGAUGUAUGUAUUUGUUCAUGAAAGAGUGUACAUGACACUACCUAUGACUUUGUGUGUGUGUGUGUGUGUGUGUGUAUGUGUGUGUGCAUGCAUGCAUGUCUGUGUGUGUGUGUGUGUGUGUGUGUGUGUGUGUGUGUGUGUGUGUGUGUGUGUGUGUGUGUGUGUGUGUGUGUGUGUGUGUUUGUGUGUGUGUUUGUGUGUGUGUUUGUGUGUGUGUGUGUGUGUGUGUGUGUGUAUUCAGUGUUGUACAUAUUUAUUUGUUGUAUGCUUUAGUGUAAUCAGUCAUACACAAAAGUGCAGUAUAUUCAUAUGAAUAUCUAAACAUCAAUGGUAUUUAAUUAUGUAUCUAAAUGUUUAUAACAUAGGCAUAAUGUUUGUUUUAAUGUUUUUUUGGUUGUGAAAUGUUGUCUAAUGCUUUUUAUCAGUUUGUAAAUUGGUUAUAUCACGACUCUGUCAUGUGAAAUAUGAUGACGGAUCCAAAAAAAGGAAAGAAAGGACACUGAUGUCAUGACACGCUGGAUUUAUGGCUACCGGCCGCCAUGCCAAAGGGUGUGUGGACCAUUUUUUUUACAUCAAAACCACCAAAAUCCUGCACUGUUCCUUUUGGAUUGGACAUCCAAAGCCACUUCCUCUAGCGCCCGAGGAUGUCCGUGUUCAGUGUCAGCGCUUUCCUUUGUCACUUGUGACAUUUUGUUUGCGGAAAAAAACUAUACUGUAUGUCUGUCUGUAUGUGGAAAUAAGAUACUAUUAAAUUAUUGUCC